AUGGCCGACGCAGGACUCCCCGCUGGAGAUACCACUCCCGUUGAACACCUCAACAUCAAAGUGACCGAUAACAACAACGAAGUGUUUUUCAAGAUCAAGCGGUCGACGCAGCUCAAGAAGCUGAUGGACGCGUUCUGUGAGCGUCAAGGGAAGCAAUUUUCUACUGUCCGUUUCUUGUUCGACGGAACUCGUGUACGCCCGGAAGACACGCCAGAAACUCUGGAAAUGGCCGACGGCGAUACCUUGGAAGUUCACCAGGAGCAGAUCGGAGGUUAG